GGCCGCGGGGCUCCCCCCGCCCCAGGGACGCCCCCUCCCGGGGCCGGCCCGGGGCCCGGGGCGGGGGGAGGGGGCCGGCCACGAUGGGCCCCAAGCGGAGGCAGCUGACGUUCCGGGAGAAGUCCUACAUCAUCCAGGAGGUGGAGAAGAACCCGGACCUCCGCAAGGGCGAGAUCGCCCGGCGCUUCAACAUCCCGCCGUCCACGCUGAGCACCAUCCUCAAGAACAAGCGGGCCAUCCUGGCGUCCGAGCGCAAGUUCGGCGUGGCCUCCACCUGCCGUAAGACCAACAAGCUGUCCCCCUACGACAAGCUGGAGGGGCUGCUCAUCGCCUGGUUCCAGCAGAUCCGCGCCGCCGGCCUGCCCGUCAAUGGCAUCAUCCUCAAGGAGAAGGCUCUGCGCAUCGCCGAGGAGCUGGGCAUGGAGGACUUCACGGCCUCCAACGGCUGGCUGGACCGCUUCCGCCGCCGGCACGGGGUCAUGACCAGGAACGGGGUGACCAAGAGCCGCUCGCAGCCCUCGACCCCUGCCCAGCCGCCUGCUCUUCCCCGGGCCCCGGCCUCGGCGCCAGCGGCAGAUGGCGGCGGAGGUGGCGGCGGAGGCGGCGGCCGGAGGUGGUGGGAAGAGCAGCUGCCCGCACUGGCCGAGGGCUACGCCUCGCAGGACGUCUUUAAUGCCACGGAGACCUGUCUGUGGUACAACUUCCUACCUGACCAGGCCCCUGCCCUCGGAGGGGAGGCCCGGCCCAGCCCCCGGCGGGGCACCGAGAGGCUCAUUGUGCUCCUGUGUGCCAACGCAGACGGGAGCGAGAAGCUUCCCCCGCUGGUGGUGGGCAAGCUGGCCAAGCCCCCGGGAUCCCGGGCUGGUCUGCCCUGUGACUACACUGCCAACCCCAAGGGUGGCGUCACUGCCCAGGAACUAGCCAAGUACUUAAAGGCCUUGGAUGCCCGCAUGGCAGACGAGUCCCGCAGGAUCCUGCUGCUGGCCAGUCGGCCAGCCGCCCCAGCCUUAGACAUCUCCGACUUGCGGCAUGUUCAAGUGGCCUUCUUCCCAUCAGACACCCUUCAGCCCUUGGAACGGGGUGUUGUCCAGCAGGUCAAGGGUCACUACCGACAGGCACUGCUGCUCAAAGCCAUGGCCGCCCUGGAGGACCACGACCGUUCCCGGUUGCAGCUGGGCCUCACCGAAGCCUUACACUUUGUGGCUGCUGCGUGGGGGGCCGUGGAGCCCGCAGACAUAGCUGCCUGCUUCCGAGAGGCCGGGUUUGGGGGUGGCCCGGGACCAGACAUUGAUGUGACUCUCAAGAGUGAUGAGGAGGAAGAGGAGGAAGAUGAGGAGGAGGACGACAAUGAUGAAGAUGAUGAGGAUGAAGAAGAGCAAGGCGAGGAAGAGGGCGAGGAAGAGGGAGAGGAGGUAGAGGAAGGAGAGGAAGAGGAGGAAGAGGAGAGCUCAUCAGAGGGGCUAGAGGCAGACGACUGGUCCCAAGGUGGUGGUGGGGCAGGUGGGAGUUUUGUGGCUUAUGGAACCCAGUAUGAGCAGGGGGGCCCUGCUGUUCAGCUCCUUGAGGCUGGGGAGGACUCGGAGUCAGAGAGCGAUGAGGAAGAUGAGGAUGACGAUGAUGACGAUGAGGAUGACGAUGACGACGACGACGACGACGACGAUGAAGUGCCCGUGCCCAGUUUCGGUGAGGCCAUGGCAUACUUUGCUAUGGUCAAACGGUACCUGACCUCCUUCCCCAUCGAUGACCGGGUCCAGAGCCACAUUCUCCACUUGGAGCAUGAUUUGGUCCAUGUGACCAGAAAGAACCACGCCAGACAGACAUCAUCCCGAGCCCUGGCACACCAGAACUUAGCCUGAUAAGCUGUUUUUUUUGUUUUGUUUUGUUUUUUUUGGGUCCCUGGACACUGGCCGUGGUACAUCCCAGUCCUGACAUGUGUAUGGGAUUUCCAGGGCAGCUCUUUCAGGGACCAGGUGGUGAUGGUGGUGGGGAACUGUUUCCAGCAUCGGGGGUUCAUCCUCUUUAGGUAAUGCCCCACACCCCUGCACCCCUUGGGAACUGGGCUAGGCCAUGUGUCUACCUGGGAGCUAGGCCUGGGAGCCAGGCUGGAGUCAGCCCAGCCUCCUUCCUGUUGCCUUUCCCUUACCCUUCCUUCCUCACCUUUUCCCUGCCUCUUUCCCCAGCUGCCCCCAGGGCUAGGAUGCCUGCUGUGAUUGGCAGGGCUGUGGAGAGGGUGGAGAGGGUCCCUUAGGAGCAGGCCCCACCCCAAAGUGCCCUACAAAUACUGACCAGCAGGGUCCCAUCUGCAGGAGCAGCUGGUGGAAGGGGAAGGGGUCAGAUCGAAGACAUUUUGCUUGGUGGAGGGUGCCAAGGCCUGUAGGCCCCCCCCCCGCCCCGUCCCUUUGGUCUCUCACCUUUCACACUCUGCAUGGAGAUUCAGCACUAGGGAAGGGGGGCCGUUCCUAGUAGGGUUCCUGGGGAAGGGGGCUCACAGGGGCUCGGAGAGGUGGCCCCUGAGAAAGCACUUAGAAACAGCAUGGCAGCAGGCCCAGAGCUGCAAACCUUCACCAAGCCUGCCUGCCAGGGAAUCUUUUUUUUUUUUUUAAGUGCCCAUAGGGCUCCCUCGGCCCCAGAGGAAAGUUUUU